CGAGCUGUUUAUACUCUGUUGCUUGUGAACUGAUGGGAUGCAGGAAGGUUCCCUUGUUUUAGGAACACGUUAGAUUUUGUAUACACUAUAUUGCAAUUAUAUGAAUAGUUCUCCAAGUAAUAUUUAAAAUAAUAAAAGUAUGGCUCCUCCGAAAAAAGGAGAUCUUGCCGAUGAAGAGAAAGAGUUAAUAAACGCUAUUACAGCAGGAAAUGUGCAGGAGGCGUCAAGAGUGCUGGGAUGCAAAGGUGUCCGUGUCAACUGUUUGGAUGAGCAUGGGAUGACUCCACUGAUGCAUGCAGCCUACAAAGGGAAAGAGGACAUGUGCAAGUUGUUACUACAACAUGGAGCUGAUGUAAACUGCAAUGAGCAAGAGCAUGGAUACACUGCCCUUAUGUUUGCAGGGUUUUCAGGUAAUAAAAACAUAACUUACAUGAUGCUGGAGGCUGGAGCUGAAACGAAUGUAGUGAACUCUGUUGGACGGACAGCAGCGCAGAUGGCUGCCUUUGUAGGUCAGCAUGACUGUGUGACAGUUAUCAACAAUUUCUUUCCCCGAGAAAGACUGGAUUAUUAUACAAAACCCCAAGGUCUUGAUAAAGAGGCCAAGCUUCCCCCCAAGCUUGCUGGACCCUUGCAUAAAAUCAUCAUGAUGACUAACCUGCACCCUGUAAAGAUUGUGAUGAUGGUGAGAGAGAACAUUCUGCUGGCUGAUGCGGCUGCCCUGGGGAAAUGCUAUAGAGUCCUGGACUUGAUCUGUGAGAAGUGCUUCAAACAGAGGGACAUGAAUGAGGUGCUGGCCAUGAAAAUGCACUACAUCAGCUUCAUUCUACAGAAGUGUAUUACUUUCCUAAAAGAUCGUGAGGAUAAGCUUGAUGGCCUUAUUAAAAGUUUGUUAAAAGGAAGAGACACCGAUGGUUUUCCUUCAUACCAGGAGAAGUUCAUCAGAGAGUGCAUUAAGAAGUUUCCUUACUGCGAUGCCACCCUUCUGCAGCAGUUAGUCAGGAGCAUUGCCCCUGUAGAGAUUGGCAAUGAUCCCACCGCUCUCUCUGUGCUCACCCAAGCCAUUACUGGCCAGGUUGGUUUUAUCGAUGCUGAGUUUUGUACGGCCUGUGGCGAAAAGGGAGCUGACAAAAGGUGUUCUGUCUGCAAAAUGGUGAUAUAUUGUGCCCAAGACUGUCAGAAGCAACACUGGUUCACACACAAAAAAGUCUGCAUGAAACUACAAAAUCAGAGAGAAAAACAUGAAGCAGAAGUUGCUAAACAGAAAGAAAAACAAGAAAAAACUAAACCAAACAAAGGUGAAUCUGAGGAAACAAUAGAAGACACUUCAAUUUCUCAGGAAGAACCCAGUGAUGGCCAUAACGUUGAAGAGAAAACACAAAGUGGAGAACCUAUAGCUUUGAGCGUUUCAGAGAGUGGGAUAAGUACAGCAGCUUCUGAAACUAAACAGACCUCUGUGAGUGAUGUUGUCCUCACAGGCUUGGCCUAAGUCAAGCUCUGGUAAUACAGGUGCACUUAUAACAAAUCCUGUUAGAAUGGAGUUCCGUUUACAAUGUAUUGAGGAGGCGUGUCCCUGCCAAACAACAUGGGCUUUAAUGAGGAAUUUCAAAUUGUGUUUACCAAUUUGUUUAUAAAGUACCGAUUUCCAUUGUCCCUUGUGGAGUGCACCUGUAUAUGAAUCUGUGCUCAGCAAGGUCACAUACCACCAAUGCUACAUGGAAAGAGCAGGGAAGUACAUUACUAAUUAUUCUGCACUGAAGUUCAUGAAUGGGAUUCCACUUGAACAGCCUGGCACACAUAUAUAUAAUUUUUAAAGCAGAUUUAAACCCAACAUAUAUAUUUUUUUUGAAAAGGGAACAUGUUUCAUGAAAUUCAGAAGAGUGGUUCUUAAGAUGUACUAUAUCACAUUCAUAAGAGUUACCAAUCACAAGUCAGAUAAAUGAUUUAAAUAGGUUGCUGCAAAGAGGUGAAUGUGCAGGUGUGACCUAACCUUACUAAUAUCUAGGUGUCCCUGAAUAGUUCUAGUCUACUCUUCAAAUAUAGGCAACAUAUUUUAAUAUGAAGAAACCACCCGUGCAGUUGUACCCUAAAUGUUACCUAUUUACUAACAAAUCACAUUGAAUGUCAUGCAAGCCUGGAACAAUCUGUAUCAUGAAAAAGUAUAUCUUUGUGACCUUUGUCCACCAUGUAAAAAUAUACUAGAAAUGUGACCUGCGUAAGGAUGGGCAAGUUCCUCCAUAUAUCUCCACAUUGUGGUAACUGAGUAAGUGGUUCUUUACAUAUCUGGAAAAUGUAAGUGCAUAAAGACAGCUGGACAGUCAUCUCUAGACACAGAUUCUAAUAGUACCUUGUGCUAAAGUAUGACCAAAGUUUAACCACAAUUAGAUAAGCUGUACUUCUGUUAAUGAAACUCUAUUUGAGCAACAUUUCGAAUCAUUGAAAAUACCAUAAAAACAUUAGGGGACAACAAAAUGUGUUAGUGUACACUUUGCCUUAGGACUGUUUUGUUUAACAAAUGUAAUUUAAAAACUUUAGAUUCAUGUGAAAACAAAACCAAAAAUCACACACACAACAUAGGCUUCUUCAUUACAUCAUUUGGUCUCUAAGCUAUACUGAUCAGUGUUACAGAAAACGACGUGUGUUGUGCUUUUCCCUGGUUGUUUUAUAAACCUUUGUGGAAGACGCAUUCCUUAACUUCAUUUUGAAACACUAUUUAAACUACUGCGUAAUAUAAUUAAGCAAAAACAAGGUCCGUGUGUGAUGCCAGAAUUAAGUGAAAUCAACGAUGACACAUAUGAAGUAAUAUUUAUAAUGGCAUUUUCUCAUUAUGUUUUUGAUAAUUUUAAGUUUCAAUCAUAAUUAUAAAAAUGUACUCCAGGGAAGUAGAUCAAGUCCAUAUGAGAAAGCUAUAUCUUCACUAAGUGACCUUAAAGGAGCACAAAGUGCUUGUAACUCAUACCAAUAUCAUGUUUCACUUGUGUCACAACAGUCAUUAUUAACAUUACCAAAUAUGUGGAUAUAUUAAAUUAGAAAUUUAAAUUUUUGAAUUACGUAUUUGAAAGUUUGUGCAUUAGUCAUGUCGUUUAAAAUAUUAAGUAUUUUUUUUCCCAAAUAAAAUGGUGUUAAAGUUGC